AUGUUUUCAAAACUAAUUUUGCUAUUGGUUGCUCCUGCAGUUUUCGGAAUUAAGCUUCAAUUAUAUCAGCAAGGACUGUGUGAACAGGUUAAUCUUGGUAGGCCGUUCUUUGAAAUGGACCGUUUCUUAGGUGAGUGGGUUGAACAUUAUCGUUUCGUCCUACCUGACAAUCAAGAAGAUUGUGUGAAAAAUUAUUAUUCGGCUUUCAAUGGAACUUUUUACAACCUCACGGAAACUAAGACAAAUAUUGCAAGUGGAAGAAAUACUAGUUCGACAUUUUCUGUACGACUCGCGGAGCCGCUGGCAAAUCCUGUGUAUGGAAAAUUAUUAGUAAAUAACGUGCAUGAAAUUUACUACGUCCCGGCUACAGAUUAUACAAGAUACGCAUUUGUUCAAGCAUGUGAAGAAGUUAACUCAACUCAUUACAAUCAAUAUUUGUGGUUACUUGGCCGACCAGGAGUGAACAUUAAUCUAGCUGAAUUCAAUAUUCAAGGUAGUGAACUAUUGAGACCAACCAUUCAAGACGACAGGUGAAUGCAUUGGUAUAUUUCCAAUAACUACAACAACUGUAGCUCCAACUUCACCAACGGUAGCUCCAACUACACCAACUGUAGCUCCAACGACACCAACUGUGGCUCCAACUUCACCAGGUGGUGCAUCCACAAUUAUGGUUCCAAGUGUCCUAGCACUUCUUAUUUUGAAGGCUUUUCAAAUGUUCGUUUGAAUAAAAUUUAAUUUUUGUGAAAAUACUUAAAAAAGUUAAUAAAGU